GCCAGUAAUGGGCUUGUCCCUUUGUUUUGUGUCAAUAAAGAAAAGAGGCUACGUUUUUAGCAGUAAUGGAGUUCCCCCGGCACGCUCUGCAGCUCCUGUCAGGCCUGCGUUCUCAGCGUCAGCGUGGGUUCCUGUGCGACUGCACCGUCUUCGUGAGUUCCUCACGUUUCCUGGCCCACCGUGCUGUCCUGGCCUCCUGCUCUCCAUUCUUCCACAUGUUCUACUCUGAUCCCCCAGGGGGCACCGGGGCCAGCUCGGUCACGCUGGACGGGGACAUCGUGACGGCGGCGGCGUUCGGCCUGUUGUUAGACUUCAUGUACGAGGGUGUGCUGCGGCUUGAGGCCCCUCCCCCAGCAGAGGACGUGCUGGCAGCGGCGAGCUUCCUCCACAUGAACGAGGUGGUCCGGGUGUGUAAGAGACGGCUACAGCACCGACCACCACCAGCUGAGGCAGACAGCACGCGCCCGGAGGAGAGUGGAGUGGCGGUGGUGGGUGCAAGUGGACCCGGAGUUGGCAUGGUGGCAACAGGAGCUGCCAAAGUGAUGGCGAUGUCAGUGUCUCAGUCUGCGUCAGUAGCGAUGCAGAGAAGCCAGUUGGGCUGUUAUACGAGGUCAGAGAGGAGGGUGGAGGUUCAUGCGCACGCCCCUCUGAGUCCUGACAUGGCCGACACCACCCAGCCGGGCAUGGACCACGCCCUCCUUCAUGUGGGUGAGCUGGUUACCCUUUCCUCCGGUCCCUCUCUCAGGCUGGGAGGUCAGAGAGAGGUUCAGGGGGGCUCGGCUCUUUGCAGCCCCUGCAGCUCCACAGAGUCAUACAAUCUCAGCAGCCACCAUCGCCAGCCCUCUUCAUCAGCAUCAUCAGUGGUACCUGUGACCCAGACUGAUGGCUCCAGCUCCAUGGUGGGGAUACUGACCCAGUCUGACCACAGCAGCUCCUCCAGCCCAGAACAGGACAGCCAUGACCCUGUCUCUAACAAGAGCACAGUAAUCACACCAGGCAUGCAAUGCCAGCAGCAUGGUCUCAGUAUCAACACACACCCUCAGAUUAGAAUACAGCCUCCACACUCACUCCUCACCUCACCUCCCAACCUGAACCUUGUAACCCAUCAGGGCCAAACCUCAGCCCCGUCAAGGCCUGACGGGCUGCAGCAUGGGGGGUCAGAGAGGGAGAGCAAGGAGGCUAGUGAACACUCUGACAUGGGGACUGUGGGAGUGGAGGAGGUGGAGCAGGGGGAAGGGGUGAAGGUAAAGGUGGAGGCCAUAGUGAUCUCAGAUGAGGAGUUUGAGGAGAUGGAAGGGGUGAUGAUAAGGAGAGGAAUGAAUGGGGGUAGAGAACGAGGGAUGAUGGAGGUAGAGGACAGGAAUGAGUUUAACGACGAUAAUAAAGACAUAGAUGAACUAAACAACCCCCACUUCAUCCCUCCUCACCCCCACCACGCCUCACUCCAGAUGACCCACUCCCACCCCUCUGAGCCUUUCUCCUUCUCCUUCUCCCCCUCCGGACCCAGCUCCACUUCUUCUGAUGCUCCCCCUUUCCCGUCCUCCCUCUUCCCCUCCGUGGGCCAACAUUCCGACCAGCCCGUCUACUUCCAGGAUUCCAUGGGGAACUAUGUCGAGGACGUCCCCACGUGCAGUGUCUGUGGAAAGACGUUCUCGUGCGCGUACACCCUGAGGCGACACGCCAUCGUGCACACACGUGAGCGUCCCUACGAGUGCCGCUACUGUUACCGUAGCUACACGCAGUCAGGUGACCUGUACCGCCACAUUAGGAAGGCUCAUGACUCCAGCCUCCCAGCCAAACGCAGUAAAGGAGACACCGAGGAGGGCCAGCCUCCACACAGCUAACACACACAGCUAGCUGUAUACUUCUCCAUGCUACGGAGAAUGACACAUUAUUUAUGCCUUCCCCCUUCCAACACCAGACAUCCUGGUCUUGCAUGUCCAUGGCAAUGAUCUGAGAUACUUCCAAAUGAUCUGGGAUACUUCCCAUGAUCUGGGGCACUUCCAAACGGUCUGGGGCACUUCCAAAUGAUCUGGGAUAUGUCAGAUACGUGUUUCCCUCCACUAGGAUGGUCUUUUCAGACAUGCCCAUUCCCGGGACUGAGUGGGCCCGGUGCUCAGUCAACAAGCUGGUGCUGGCUAGUGGUGUUUUAGCUAUUUUAAAUGGGACUUUCAGGACUUUUGUCUUUUAUAUAUUGUACCAGUUGUCUUACUAUGACCUCAGUGCCAAAAUACUUUGUGUACUGUACUAUGUUAUAUAUUCCAGAUAAAUUGGCAGUUGUCAAGGGUACUGUUUUUUGUCAACACUAAUAGCGUAAUGGUCUGUGAUACUUCUACCUGUAAGUCUCCAUUGUUGCCAACUUUUACGAUUGGCUGAAUAUCACUACUACUUCAUUGCUGUGAAUAGAACACAUUUCUUCAGUCUAACAUACUUCCAUUGGAGUACUGUUCAAUAAAUGACUUCCAACACGA